AAUAUGCACUCCAGAUGAUUGUUCUUUGCCUCUGGCUACUCAUAAGUUCCUUUUCUUGACUGGGUUGUAGGAAACGUUAGAUUUGAAACACACUCGCUCAUUGUCAUCAGUUUCUGGUUUUUGUUAUUCGACCCAAUAAAGUAUGGCCGAAUACGAUUUACUCGUUCUAAAUGGACUUGUGGUUACAGCGGAUGAGACUGGGCAAUUUGAUAUUGCUAUCAAAUAUGGAAGGAUUACAAAAGUUGUACCACAAGGGACCCUGGCUGGUGUCAUUGCCAAAAAGACGAUUGAUGCGCAAGGAGGGAUGGUAAUGCCGGGUGGAGUUGAUGCCCAUGUACAUCUGGCUGAGCCAGCACUGUUUGGCAAAGGGAAGUCUGCAGAUGACUACGAGUCAGGUAGCAGGUCAGCGAUUGCUGGCGGAACCACAACUCUGAUCACAUUUGCUCCCCAAAGGAAGACAGAGCCGUCUCUUCUGGCAGCCUUAGCAGCAACUCAUGAACUUGCCAAAGAUAAGUGCUACAGCGACUACUCAUUCCACCUCAUCUGCUCCAAUGCAGGUCCGCAAGCUAUUUCAGAGUUUGCCGCUCUCAGAGAAGCUGGUAUCUCAUCACUUAAGAUCUACAUGACCUAUGAAGCUUUGCAGUUGAGAGAUUCUGAGAUUUUGGAUGUCUUGUUUGAAGCACGGAAGCAGAAAAUUGUCACCAUGAUACAUGCCGAGAAUGGAGCCAUCAUCGAUUGGACGAUCAAGAAACUGGAAGAGAAGAAGCUGUUCGAUCCUAAGUACCACGUUACAAGUCAUCCGCCAGUCGCGGAAAUCGAAGCCACUUAUCGAGCUAUUAGUCUGAGCAGCUUCAUUGAUGUUCCGAUUCUCAUCGUUCAUGUCUCCUCACCAUCAGCUGCAAAACACAUCUCUGAUGCUCAGAGGAGAGGACUUCCAAUUUAUGCAGAGACUUGCCCACAAUAUCUUUUCCUCACUAGGAAAGAUUUAGAGAAACCUGGCUUCGAAGGCGCGAAAUGUGUCUGCUCUCCACCACCGCGUGAAGGAGAGCAAGAUCAUGAAGGGAUAUGGCAGGGCCUUGAGAAUGGAACCUUUACUGUUCUUAGUUCAGAUCACUGCCCCUUUUUGUAUGAAGACACGCAGGUGGGCAAAAAGUCGGUUAUCAGUGCUGAGUAUCCAAACGGUCGUUUCAAAUACAUUCCAAAUGGGUGUCCUGGCGUUGAGACGAGGUUGUCGUUGGCAUUGUCAGCGAAUCGAUUGAAGUUACAAAAAUUCGUGGAAGUGACAUCAACAAAUGCUGCGAAGCUAUAUGGGCUGUACCCUAGAAAAGGUGGCCUAGUUCCAGGUGAAAGUGAUGCCGAUUUGACGAUCUGGUAUCCAGAGGGAAUGAAGGAAUAUGAACUGACCAAUUCUAUGCUACACCAUAACGUCGACCAUACUCCGUAUGAGGGAAGAACCAUCAAGCAAUGGCCUCGGUAUACCAUUCUGAGAGGAGAAGUGGUCUGGGCAAAGGAUGAGGGUGGCUUGGUUGGCACGAAAGGUUACGGAAAAUUUCUGAAGCGAGACGCGAGUUGUCUGGCUGGCAGUUUGAGCAAGGAAGAGUGGAACGUUGAAAAUUUCUGAUGCUUUCCAAACAUUGAGACAGGAUUUUAAGUAGCUAGAACAGCAACCUGACCGAAAUGAGACUUGAGAGCACGGUAAAUGAC